AUGCUGACGGAGGUUUGCCACACCCCCAUUGCGCAGAAGUGGGGUUACCCUGAGCGGGUGCUGAACUUGAUAGCUGACAUCACGGCGGAUGCUUUGGACCAGCUGACGCACCUGGGGGGACUUAUUAUGCGGCCGGUCUCGCUGGCAUACUAUCAGCAUUGCCGCGUGAUUGUCGCGCUGUUCACCUUCAUGUGGCCAAUGGUGCACAAGAAAAGUGCAGACUUUGUUGGCAACAUUUUCGAUGCCAUCGUGUUCCCUUGCGUGGUCUACUGGGCCAUGUCCGGCCUCGAGAGGCUCGCAGAAAUGAUGGAGAACCCUGUGGGCGACGACGACACGGACAUCGAUAUGAUGCAGCAGAUGCAUGAGCUUGAGGUUGGACUGCAGCUGUCCUUCGAGAUGUCAGAGGUCCGCCGCAGCAUGAUGAGGAGGACACUGGCGAAAGGAUGCCCCAGCUGCACUGACGCAGCAAAGGCGAAGAUGCCGCCGUUGGCGCCUGCUGCCCAGUUUCAGGAUUACUUCUGUUGGUUGCCCCUACCAUCGGCCAUCGCAGAAGGGAUGACUCUCAAGCACGGGCAUGUCGACCACGCCCACGCAGCCUUUUUGGAGGGGCACGUUUCGGACUUCCGCGGCUUUCUACGCAAGGCAUUGCGCCGGCACAGCGCGGGCCGUCGCAGCCCCUUCGAGGCCAUCCCGGAGGCUGCCGGAGCUGAGGAGCUCAAGGUGUAUCCGGAGGCAGAGCAGGAUAGCACCAUGGGCAUGAUCCAACGGGACACCAAUGGCUUCUGGCACUACUUGGCUUUCCGUCCAGUCUUGAACAAGCCUGGUGCUGACGGCGAGCUGCGGCGUCAGGAGUUGUGGCGGAAGCGCAUUGUGAACUUGCUCGGCCAAGAGCAUCCGGCUGCCAAGCUGCUGGAGGCGACCGAGCAAACUGACUCGGCGAGGUCGGUCCUGCUUCAGCCGCUGAAGCCACCGAAACCGCGACGACACCACGUCUCUGAGGCCAUCGCAGAGUCCAUGGCUCCGCGGUCACCUCCUGCCAAGGAUCACAAGACAUUGAAGCGGUCAGGAACAAUGCCGGCGUCUGCAUUUGGCCGUGAUGGGCAUUUCGAUUUCAGCCCUUCUCGCCAAGCUUCGCAGAAAUCCGCGGGCCUGGCAUCUAGCGACUCAUAUCACUGGGCUGGCGUUGAUCGAGCCCUUUCCAAGGAGUCAGGUUUGGGCCUGAACUCCUCCCCGCCUGCUGGCAGGCAGCAUGCUCUGGGGCGACAGAACACAAUGCUCUGA